CGCGAUGUUCCUACUGGUGAUGUGGCCAUCAAACUCGAGCACCGUUCGAAUACACCAUCGCCGCUACGCUAAGAAAUUUAUGAGGAGUUGCUUGGACGACCCAGCAUCCCUCGAGUGUUCUGGUAUGGCAUUUAUGCCAUUGUUUGCCUGCGGAUUUUGCCACCUACACGAACUAACUUACCUUCGUGG